AUGAUUCAUGCAUUGACACCAUCCUCAUCAUCCUUAACAACCACAACAACAGAUACAUCAUUAACAAUGCCAAUCCCAUCCUCAACGACCAAUCCAUCGUCAUUGAAUCCAACCACGACAUACCUACCAGACGCAUCGAGGGUUCACUCGACUCAACCACUGUUGACAAGUCGAAAUGACGAAACAACAAUAUCUGCCUGCACACCUGCACGUCCUUCAGAAGUAACCAAGUGCACAGCUAGCACACGUGUCGUACCACCUCCUCCUCCCAAAAAGCCCUCGUCAUGGACAACACAUGCGAAAGAUUUAUACAGGAAACCUUAUUCGGAUGUGAACGUUGUACAAACUCAUCGACUACCCAAAACCAGCAAGCGAAUGAAAACACACACGGUACCAGCAUGCGUAUUGCAGCAGAGGCGCUCGACGAGGAGUCUCUGCCGAGUCUUGAUAUUCAAUAGUGAAGAAGACGAGAAUAAUAGUGAAAUGGAAGUUGUUCACGAUCAAGGGCAAUAG